CGAAACAUAUCUCAUAUACUUGAUGAAAGUCUGAGUUUGAGAUGGUGAAAGUGAUUUUCAAAUGAUCAAAUGACAUUAAAUUACGAUUUCAUUUGUUUAUAUUCGAACAGUUCCUUCUUCCAUCAAGGAAUAGUGUUUAUUAUUGAUAAGAAUGGAGUUGACUGAAGUCAUUCGAAGAUAUAAAAGAUUGUUUGAUGGUUAUUCUAUAUCUAGAAAGACAUUUUUACUUAUAAUUAUUAUAUUGGGAUUAAUAUUAUAUCUUGGUCCAUCUGGUUUUCGAUGGGUUAGGAGGAGGACUCCAAUAAUGAUAGACCCAAAUAUUGGAUGUGUUUCUAGAUAUUUAGAACCUUUUAUGGUAGAAAAAAGUCAUUUUGAUGCAUCAAUAACACAAAGUUAUGAUCAGGAUGAAAUGUCUUUUAUGCCAUAUGUUGGUAAUGGAAAAAUUGGGAUUCCUAUUGAUUUUGAAAGUCCGUUAUACAUUUUUAACAAAAGAUCAUUAUCCUUACCAAUUUGGUUCCAUCCAAUAGUUAAAGUGGAAUUACCAGGAACAAAUAGUCAAGAUGGGGUGGUAACUCAGUUUACAGCUGGAAAAGUUUAUAAAUUUCAAUGUUUUAAUAAAUAUCGGAAAACUGUAAGUGUUGCAAGUGUUUUCUAUGCCCAUCGUGUUAUUCCAUCACUUUUAGUUCAAAAAAUAACUGUCACAAAUUCUUUAAAUGAAGAUGUAAUGUUAAAUAUUUAUCAGAAAUUAGAAAAAACCAAAACAACAAAAAUUAAGACAUUCAGUGUAGCACAACAAAAGAAUGAUUUGGAGUACAUUUUAUCAACAGACACUGUAGAAUUUGUUGAUACAUCUAAGAAGAAUAAAAUUGUAGUUGUGGCCAUUGCUUCACCAAAACUUCCAGAAAUACUAAAAGUUGAUGCAAAACAAUCUGUUACAAUAAUAGUCAGAACAAUUGUACAAUAUUCUAGUCCCAUUAAUCAAGAUAAAUAUGAUUCCAAAAUAAAGGAAUUAGAAAAGUUAAUCCAUGAAGAUUUGAAACAGUCUCUUCAAUUACCGAAUCUAGAAGAAAGACAUAGCAAGAUUUGGCAACAGUUAUGGAAUACAGGCUUUGGUAUUAGUUACUCCAAGGCUCAAGAUGUCUUAAAUGGUGAUAAAAUAAAUGCCACAUUAUAUUAUGUUCUUUCAAAUAGUAGAGCAUAUUUAUCAGAAUAUAGUACGUCUUCACAGACUCGACAAGAGUUGAACUAUCUUCUUUCAAAUGGAAGGUCAUGUUAUGGAGCAAAUGUUCCUACUCUACAAGCAAAAUCUCUUUGGUCUGAUUUAAAUACAAUUGAAAAAAUUAAUCAAGUAGUUUCUCUGUGGCUUUUGACACUUGAUAAAAAAGGAUGCCAUAACUUGAUUUCAGCAGGUGCAGAAGGUGUCAUGCAAGCCAUGGUGCUAAGUUUUGGUGCUUUGUUACUUACUGACCUCCAUUUGGAAUUUAACACACAUCCUAGAGAACUCCAUCGAGAUUAUUUUUUUAGGCAUCUGAGGUACACAAAUGUCACACACUUUAAUAUUAGUGUGAUUGUAGGUGAUGACAACAAAGCAGUAAUUUAUGUUGAAACAGAUGACAGUGAUAAAGAAUAUUAUGCAUGUGAUGCUGGAUGUCUGGAUCCUUCUGUUAGACUCAAGCAGACACCAAUUCAGUUUCCAGUGAAAUUAACAGAACCCUUAACAGCCAUUCUUUAUAUUACGUCGGAUUUUCAGCAUAUUAUAGAUUUGAAACAUGUAAUUCAUGUGAAAGAAAUUGCUGAAGCACCUGCACAUGAACAUCACAUCCUGGCACUUCAUCGUCAUGGUCAUCAGUUGGGAGGCUUACCUGCACUGUUUUGGGUCUCAAUUGUAUUUCUGAUUGUAGUGUUUCAUCUGUUUUUGGCAAAACUAAUAUAUAACGAAUAUUGUGGAAAUCAGGAUAAGUCUCGUGGACGAUAUGUCGUAUGAAGACAAAUUAAUGAAAAUUGGAAAACAUUUAUUCUGGUUGAUUGAACUGCUGGAUUUCUAGUUAAAAAUCCAAAUGUCAAGUUCACAGUUGCUAUGAAUACAGACAAAAUUGAUUCUCUUGUCUUGUACAUUUGGUUUAAGUGAUACAGUAAAUCAGUAGAAAAAAAAGACAAUGGUUAAAUUGAAUAUCACCGUCCAAUUGGUUUGUGUAAUUAUGCAGACUGUUUAUACAUGAAUAAUGUAAAUUCCUACAUUGGAAGCAUUAUAUCUACAUAAUUUAAAAGGUAUGGAUUUUAUUUUUGCUCAUUUUAUAAGGAGAGAUUGUAAAUAUGUUAAUAACAAUGUUGUGAUGUUUAAUGUAUAGGUACAAAUUUUCCAAGCCAAUAUUAUUAUUAAAAGAUUUCAAGCUUGAAAUUAUUGCAUAUCAUGUUUAAUCAAUAUUUUAAAUUUUUAUAUUUACUUAAAAGUGUAUAAUUAAUUUUCUCAUAAAAUAAUUGCAAACCUUUUUAAAAGAAUUUUUAAAUUAAUUUAUAAACUUUAAUUAAAGAUAUAUAAUAGCAGCACAUAUUAUGUAUCUUCUUCCAAAAGAUGUGCCUCUCAUCAAAAAAAUUAUCUUUUUAUAACUUUUUAUUAUAAUUUUUGAUGUAAAUUGACAGUGUAAUAGAUAAAUUCUAAUCAAAAAAAGGAUUCUGGUGUUCAGUAAAAUAAGUAACAAUUUUUUUUAAUCAAAAUUACUUAUCUUUGAACCGCAUCAAAUGAUAAUGGCUUGGAUAUUUUAAAUAAUAUUGUCCAAUAAAUUAUUGACUAUUUAUAAUAGUUUAUGGUGAAAUUUUUCAU